AUGGGAUGGGGAUUCUGCAACGGGAAGAAAUGCGGGUUUGCAGGGAGGAAAGAGUACUGUGGGGUGAAAGAGUGGAAGCUGCUGAAAGCUCUGGAGCCGGUCUCGAUGGGGGCCGGGGUUAUGCCGAGCUACGGGGAAGGUGAGAGGACGGAGAUCAUGUACAUGAGAGCUAAGUUCGAGAGGAUUGUUGGGUCCAGAGAUUCCGAGGCUUUCUACAUGAUGAAUCCCGACAGCAAUGGCGCCCCUGAGCUCAGCGUCUAUCUGCUUAGAGUCUAG